GCUACCCCUGCAAGUGCAACAGCACAUGUGCAAGAUCGGACGUUUUUGCUUGUUUCGGGAUGACAUCAUUCGUAGAGUGCCAAGCCCAAUUGAGUAAUGCUAGGAGCACGCCGUUGUUUUCUGUACCACUAAAUUAUUCAGCUAUACUACUUACAUCCUUUAGAUACACACCUUUACACACACCUUCACAGCCAAUACGUUAUACUAACCAAGUCACGAGUAUAAGUCCUGAGCAAUUUAGUAACGUUAACUUGCCCUACUUUAACUUGACCGGCUCUAGCUUCAUUACCAUGCCUGGAUCGAAAUAUCCUCUACCGGUGGGUUUCGUCUUGGAAUCAUCGCAGCAGCCAUGGCAAUAAUCCAGCUUUGGAAGCAGAAGCUUCAGCGACAACUUCAGCAAUGGAAGGGUACGGUCAAGUCGAAUCUCCAGAAGAACAAUCUCUGGAAGAGAAUGAUCAAGAACACCGUAUGCCUCACUAUCAACUUGAUCAUCGGGCUUAUCCCAGCAGUAGUUGCUGUAUACGGCCAGUCGACACAUCUCGGCGCUAUGGCCUCGGUAUUUGGGCAUCCUGGGCAGCGGUUUGGCCAGAUGACUGAAGUCUUGAUGCUCAUUAUCCUCGGCACUUUCGUCGGGAUCGCUUGGAGUAUCUUAGGCCUAUAUCUUGCGAGCCUUGUCUAUCAUACCAAUAUUCAAGCAGCUUGGACCAUCAGGGCUAUAUUCUUUACCUUAGCACUGAUACUUCAUGGUUUUUUACGUUCUUACACACCGAGGCUAUUUCUGUUUGUAUAUUGGUUCCUGCUCGUCAACAUCACCAUCUUAACAAGUACUACCACAUCCGUAUCAACUCGUAUCGUUACAAGUAUUACGUACCCCAUUCUUACAGCGGUUGGUGUUAUCAUCCUCGUAAACAUUAGCAUCUUCCCCGAAUUCUCGAGUGGGUUCCUAGGUAAAUCUACGAUAGAAUCAUUAUGUGCCACCAUUGAUUCUUUCCAAGAGGCUGGAGAUUGGUUCAUGUCCGAUACCAGGAACUCGGAUGGCGGGGACGCCGAAAAGGAGAAGGAAGCCUCAACGGCUUUACGUACUAGGCUCAUAGCCUUAACCGAAAAGAAAGAAAAGUUAAGGGCUCAGCUCGAUAGCUCUAAGAAAGCUCAAGCAGAGUGUAACUUUGAGCUGGUUUAUACGGUCCUCCCUCCGCGGUCUUUGAAGCCUAUCAGUAUGAUUUUGAUGUCGCGUCUUGUUCAAGUAACCAUCUGUCUUAUCAAUGCUUGCGAGAGCAAAUAUGCACUAGCAGGAUAUAAAGAUGAAGAGAACGAGCAAGAUGCGCCGGGCGAAAAAAAAUCCGACGACGAAGACUCCGAAUCGGAAUCUGAUUCCGACUCGGAUAGCAAGUCGGAGAGCGAUAGUAGCGACGAUAAGUCGGAACGCGAGACUAAAAAGUCACGGGAAAAAUCUGAAUAUGCACGGAAACUCGAGCUUGUUAAACCAACUCGAGAAAUAGAGUCUGGCGACAUCGAACUUCUUGAGCAUAUUCUCAGUCAGAUUCGUGGCCCGACCAAGAGCUUCCAACAUCAGAUACAAGCUGCUGUUCAUUUCAUAAUCUGCGCAUUGGCUUAUUGCUACGAUGUGCCAAACCUCCCAUCGGGCGCCCCAGCUCCUAAGGGGAUCAGCAUGGAAGAAAUUGAUCUCAGAAUCAAUAUGUUUGUGGAAGCGUUGACGCAGUUUGACCGCGAUUCCGCCGCGGCUCUGGAGAACGCAGCCUCUAUAGAGUAUGGUCGGAAUUCACGGGAUGAUAUUACACCGAAGAUGGAAACACAUUUAAUCGCGUCGUUCCUAAUUAGCGUACGGCAUGCAGCUACCCAGAUAAGCGAGAUGAUGAGACAUUCUAGAGCUCUUGUUGAGAAAAGACAAGCACGACACGACCGUCGACGGCUCUACUGGCCUAAAAUUGGUUGGAAGAAGUGGCUCACAAGUGGCGGCGAAAUUGACAUAAACACUCUUCCGGAGAAUGCGAGGAAGGAGGCAAGGACUGGCCACGGUAUCAGGGAAGAUCCCAGAAGACGCGACGAUGACACGGGUGACGUUGAAGAGCAACCGCUUAGACGUACCGAGGAUGAAGAAACAGGUCACGCUAUUUCGAAGCAACCUACAGUCCCCGAGAAAGGCAAUAUCCCGAAAGGCAAGAUCCCGAUGCGAAAAGCUCCCCAAAAGUCCGAAACGAGUAUAAUUAUGUGGCUACGUGGACUGGCUGCUGAUGCGGUUGAGUUCCUUCUCAACUCCGAUGAUCUCGCCUUUGCCCUUAAAAUGUGUGUGGCAGCAUAUAUCAUUACGUGGCCGGCGUUCGUGCCAUCAUUGAAUGCAUGGUAUAAUUCUGUUCGUGGAACUUGGGCGUCUCUUCAGCUAAUUCUCGUCUUCGAAGUCUCAAUAGGGACGUCAUUUCAGGGGUUCUUUCUAAGGACUUUCGGGGUCAUCUUUGGCUGUGUUGUUGGAUAUCUUGCUUACGAAAUUGGACGAGGAAACCGAAUCGUCGCUGUAGUUGUUCUCGUAUUUGGCAUCAUACCAUCAACUUACAUCCAUCUCGGUACACCAUACAAAAAAACGGGCAUUAUUUCCAUGGUUAGUAUGUCGGUGGUUGGGCUUGCAUCAAUACUGAAACCACGUGGAGAAAAUGCGUGGGAGGUAUUUGUCAAACGAAUGGUAUGCUUCCUCGUCGGUGGGACGAUUGCGCUUCUCGUCGAAAUGUUCCUUUUCCCCGUCCGAGCCCGAGACAGGCUUGUCGAGUCCCUAGCUUCGAGUAUCCAGCAGAUAUCGCACAUGGAAGCAUCGAUAGCUGUAGGCAUAGACUCGCCUCGAAAUAUCGAUAUCAAAUCCAGCGCAUUCAACGAGAACUUCGAGGACGCCAAGGAGAAGGCCGAACAGGCCCUUGCUGCCGCCCGCACUUUCUUACCUUUUUGUCUCACGGAGCCGAGGCUUAAGGGAAGUUUUAAGGGGCAAUCGUUGAUCUACGGCGAGAUGAUCUAUGUCCUAUUUCAAAUAAUCGACCGCAUGGACAAUAUGUUGCAUAUCCGCAAGGCCUAUGGGAGCAGCGUGCUUGAGGAGCUAAAUAGGGAAGUCUUACCCUACCGUCGUAACGUGGCGGCCAGUAUAAUGCUCAUACUCUUCGCCCUUCACGAAGCCUUGACGACCCGAUUACCUCUCCCACAAUUCCUUCCAUCUAGUCGUGUGGCACAACUACGGUACAUCGGCCGAGUCCGCGAGCUCCUGCUUGAGCGAAACAUUAAGUCAGGAAAUAACGGAAAUAACUCCGGCGUCCAGACUCCGGUUACUACGAGGAGUGGAUCUAACCCUCUCCACGCACAUGUCUUGAAAUCGAUGACUCGGCAAAACUUCUUAGCCUGGAACGCCAGCUCCGCCGCUAUUAUGGAGAUCAUUGAAUAUCUAGAAGAGCUGGUAGACCUUGCUAAAAUGUUGGUCGGGGUUAACGCGUUCCGGAGCGGAAUGCUGGAACGCCCCAAGUUCUAUGAGUACGUCAAGAAGAUCAAGGAGCGCGAGUCAAAUCGGAAUACAGCCGCGGCAGAAGCCGCCAAAGCGGAGACACAGGAAGCCCAGAAGAUUAGAAGCCGGAGUGGCAGCAACCCCGUGCGCAGGAGGCGGCGCUUCACGCUCGGCACGAUGCCUUCUCAUGGCGCUGCUACCGGCACGGCUGCUGGCAUAGACACGGGAGACGGUACUGGGUUAAGACACCGGUCAAAUAGUCUCUGGGGAGGCGGCGGCGACGGUGCUGCGGACGGUGGCCGCGGAGGAGGCGAGAUACCGGAGGAUCUGCCGAUGAGCUUGCAGCGGGUCAUGACGAGGCGGAUGGAGGAGAGGCAGCGCGAGAGGUUAUCUAGGCGCAGGAGGAAUACAGAUGAUCCUAAGGGGAAGCGGCCAGUUGUCAAGCCGGCGCAGCCUUUGACACUGUACUCGGGGUUGGUUGUGACUACGUUGGGUAAGGGUAAGGAGGUAUAACGCGCAACUUCGAGAUUAGCUUAUUUCACGGUUAUAGGUAAAAGGAGUUGAUGUAAUCAUGGGGCCAUAUUAAUUUAUCACACAAGGUACAUUAUUCUUAACACGAAAUUGACCACUAAGAUUUAAGAGUAACCGGAACGAUUCCUUACGCGAAACCUACCUGUUGAAGGGGUUGAAAGGAUGAGGUGUGUUAUAUUAAGGUUAGAGGGACACGAGGUUAGAUUUUGGGUUGAUU